AUGUUUAUUAGCAAGCGAACACAGUACAUACUAGACCCAAAACGACAUGAAGCACGGUGCAGUUGCGUAAGCGGUUGCGGUCGAAACGGUGGAACGCAGCGGGUAAAGAUGAUGCGUGGUGCGAGUCAGCAGCCGAUCAUUGUGUUGAGUCAAGGCACAAAGAGGGAGAGUGGUCAUCAAGUCCAGAUAGGAAACAUUACAGCUUGUAAGACUAUUGCUGAUGUGAUUCGUACUAGCCUUGGUCCGCGCGCCAUGCUGAAAAUGCUUAUGGAUCCAAUGGGUGGUAUUGUGAUGACCAAUGACGGAAACGCAAUCCUUAGAGAAAUCACUGUGAAACAUCCAGCAGCCAAGAGUAUGAUCGAAAUUGCUAGAACACAGGAUGAAGAAACUGGAGAUGGAACUACUUCUGUCAUAGUGCUUGCCGGUGAAGUUAUGGCCCAAGCACAACCAUUUCUCGAGCAGAAGAUUCAUCCAACAAUCAUUAUUCAGGCCUACCGUGCUGCGCUUGAAGAUAUGAUUAAACUAGCCGAGGAGAAAUACAGCAGACAAGUAGACGUUAAUGAUGAGAAAGAGAUCACUACAGUAGUGCAAUCCUGUCUUGGAACAAAAAUGCUCAGCAAAUGGAUGGACCUUGCCGUACAAAUUUCCCUAGAAGCUAUCAAGACCAUUAAAGUGGACAAGGGUAACGCGAGUGAAAUUGAUAUCAAAAGAUAUUGUCGUAUUGAGAAGAUUCCUGGUGGGACAAUUGAGGAUUGCAAAGUCAUUAAAGGUGUUGUCUUAAACAAGGAUGUUACACAUGCGAAGAUGCGUAGACGUAUCGAGAACCCUCGUAUUGUAUUGCUUGACUGCAAUUUGGAAUACAAAAAAGGCGAAUCGCAAACUUCCUUGGAAAUCAUGAAAGAAGAGGACAUUAGCAGGAUUCUUGAACAGGAAGAAGAAUCGAUAAGGAAACAGUGUGACGACAUUAUUCGUGUGAAACCUGAUUUGGUAUUUACUGAGAAGGGAGUAUCCGACCUUGCUCAGCACUUCCUGCUGAAAGCUGGUAUCACUGCAAUUAGACGUCUGAAGAAAACCGACAAUAACAGGCUGGCGAGAGUUUGUGGUGCACGAAUUGUAAAUGACACCACUGAUCUGCGUGAGAGCGACGUUGGUACGGAAGCUGAUUUAUUUGAAAUCACAAAGAUCGCAGAUGAGUAUUAUACAUAUGUGACAUCCCCAACCACCACCGCAUGUACGAUAUGCCUCCGUGGGCCAUCUAAAGAUGUUAUUAACGAGGUUGAACGUAAUCUGCAAGACUCCCUUCAUGUUGUGCGCAACAUCAUGUUACAUCCUCGUCUUGUCCCUGGUGGUGGAGCUCUUGAGAUGGCCCUGGCUCAGGCAAUCACCGAGAAAGGCAAAUCAAUGGAAGGAGUGCGUCAAUGGCCCUACAAAGCAAUAGCUAGAGCUCUUGAGGUCAUUCCUCGAACUCUCAUUCAAAACUGUGGAGGAAAUACCAUCCGCCAACUGACAGCACUUCGGGCUAAGCAUGCCCAGAGUCCUGAUAACUGGACCUGGGGUAUUGACGGAACGACUGGAGAUCUGGUUGAUAUGCGCCAACUGGAGAUUUGGGAUCCACUCAGUGUGCGAGAACAAGUUUUGAAGACUGCAAUAGAGACAUCGGUCAUGUUACUGCGUAUCGAUGACAUUGUUUCUGGAACCAAGAAGUCUCAAAAGGGAGAUGGGCCCAACGAGGAGAUGCCGCAAUAA